AUGCCUCGAAUGGCUCCGUGGCGACGAGACGAUGCCCGAAACUUCAACUUAUCGGAUAUAUCGGAUGACUCUGGGACGUUUUCCAGUCCUUACAGAUCUACCAAUGGAGAUCCUGAAAACAGCUCCGAGUCCUACCCGGAGGCAAGCACUGGUAACCCACAAGGACCCGACCUUCAAGUGGAAGAAAAUAACGCAAGAUGGAGUACUUUCCCGAUCGGCGAUCUUCCUCCAGAGAUUCUGGCAUCCGUUUUCGCUGCAGUCGCAAUUAACGGUGGAGGUCUCGAUCAAGUGAGCAUCGUCAAGCUAAGCCGUGUCUGCCGACAUUGGAGGGCAGUUGCCCUCGACGAGCCUAAAUUCUGGAACUUCGUCAGUGCUAAGCAUCCGACAUGGUCAUCUACCGUGCUAGGCCGCUCUGGUGUCAUACCAUUAAGGGUAUCCCUGGAUGUGGACGACGCGGAAAGUAUGGACAGCGCCCGCCUGGUAAUGACUCACUUCCGCCGUGUCAAGGAAUUCUUGGUCACGGGGAUGAGUUUCGACAUCGAUCAAGUCAUGGCAGAACUUCCAGACGAAGCUCCGCUACUCGAAACCUGGGAAAUGAGGAAGAAGCUGAAUCACGAGUUACCCCCUCCUUCCACCGCUUUCUUCGGAUUACGGGCACCUCGUCUACACCAUUUAACCCUACGCGGCUUCAGCUGCGACUGGACUUCUCCUCUUUUCAAGGACCUCACCAAACUUGGGCUUCACAGUGUCCUCAGCAAGACGACCCCAGAGGAGAUGCUCCAUAUCCUUUCCAUGUCUCCACGCUUGACAGAACUCCAGCUGCGGACUGUGUUCAAUGAGAAGGAGAGAUAUACAGAUCUGAACCACGGAUAUCCCAGGGUGGACCUUCCUCUGCUUACUCAUCUGUUUCUCGGAGAGCACCUCCGUAUCCCUAGCGAGAACAUGACAACCAUGCUGGAAUACCUUACCUUUCCAGCGACGACCAGCCUGGUCAUAUACUGCAGAGCUACCCGCAUCGACGGCUUCGAAAGACUCUACCAGUCCAUCCUACCUGUCACUGGUACAGACGCCGUUAAUAUCGCAAGUGUGGAUCUGACGCUCUCCGGGCACGCCGUGAGGUUCGAAGGAAAGACAAGCACUGACGCCAACGACGCCCACGUCUACUUGGCACUGCAAUGUACCCAGCGGCGGGGUAGCCUGGACCUCGCUAGUAAGACGUGUGCCGCGCUUCCUCUCGCACAUCAUGUCGAACAUCUACGCAUUCCAGGAUUCAUUCUUGGGCAAGCUUCGCGUCAGGCCUGGGUAGAGUUGCUCGGUUGUUUCCCUGGCGUGAGGAGAUUCGAGGUUGCAUUCAUGCCCAUAGACCUGGCUGGGGCGUUAUGCGAGACCGACCAGGAUCACAUUACUGGCACUAGCGUCAUGCUAGCGCCAGCCGACUUGGGUCGCAGCACGCCGCUACCGAUCCUACACACGAUCGUCAUAGAAAGCGGGGAACAUACGUUCAAGGACGAGGAUAUGCUGAAGCAUCUUGCCUACUCAUUAUCGCAGCGUAGACGGGUAGGUCUCCCUAUAGCCCGCCUAGAGAUACACGACUGGGUACCGCCUGCUGGGUCUCAGGAUCUCAUGGCGAUGCUUCGGAAGGCCGUCCCCGACGUGGUUCCUGCGGGGAGGAGAGUGAAAGCGGCGGAUAUCGAUCGCAGUUUCUCCUACGAUGACUAG